GUGCUCAUGCGCAGCACUCGUAUGAUAGUCGCUGCCGAUUGAUAAUAAAAUACUACAUAUCUCGGAAACAUUAGUAACUACAGUAUACUGUGUCCGUGAACGUUUGAUACUUGUGUGCUUGUGUGUAAAUCGUGAAUAAUUAUAAUGUAUAUUAUACUGUGUCGUAUUCUGAAUUAAAUUUACUGUCUAAAGUAUUUGGAGGCAUUGAUAUAUAAUUAUAAGCAAAAUGGAAGACGAAAAUGGCGUGAAUCAAACUCAGGCCCAUAACCUACUGGGUCUAAAAACCCCAGUCCCACAGAGACGAAAUGACACCGCAUUGACAAAAACUUUGAGAUCAUGUUGUGUCAUCCCUCAACGUUACAUAUUAGGAGUGAUGGGACUUCUGGGAGUGUGCAACGCGUAUACUAUGAGAGUUUGCCUCAACUUGGCAAUCACGCAAAUGGUAAAUCGCACGAAAUCUAGCACCGAGCAUUUUGAUCCUGACGCCUGCCCAAGUGAUGAUAUAGUUGGUGGAAAUCACACUAUAACUCUUAAGCCGUAUGCGAUUUUUGACUGGGAUGAAAAAACACAAGGGCUGAUUCUAAGUGGAUUUUACUAUGGUUAUGCGGCAACUCAGGUACCUGGUGGUUACUUAGCUGAGAAAUUUGGUGGAAAAUGGACAUUAGGUGUUGGGCUCCUGAGUACAGCACUGUUUACUUUUCUUACCCCAAUUGUUAUUCGCGCUGGUGGAGCAACAUGGCUUUUCAUACUAAGAGUACUACAAGGAAUGGGGGAGGGACCAACUAUGCCCGCUCUUAUGAUAAUGUUGGCCCGAUGGGUACCUCCACAUGAAAGGGGCUUUCAAGGUGCCCUUGUAUUUGGCGGAGCCCAAAUAGGGAACAUAUUUGGUUCAUUUAUGUCUGGAAUAUUAUUAUCUGACGGCCGGGAUUGGGCUUACGUGUUUUAUUUCUUUGGCGGAUUUGGAAUAUUGUGGUUCACACUUUGGAGCCUGUUGUGCUAUAGUACGCCAAAUACACAUCCUUACAUAUCGAAAAAGGAGUUGAACUACUUAAACAAGAGCGUGACAACUGCUGAGAAUAGUAGUAAAAAAGAUCCAGUACCCUGGAAGGCUAUACUUCGUUCCGUGCCGGCGUGGGCCCUAGUAUGGGCGGCAGUCGGUCAUGAUUGGGGUUACUACACGAUGGUAACAGACCUUCCAAAAUACUCACACGACGUAUUAAAGUUCAACAUAGCAACAACUGGCGUGUUGACCGCACUGCCUUACAUUGCAAUGUGGAUCUCUUCAUUUAUCUUCGGAUUUGUCUGCGACUUGUGUAUCAAGAAAGGCUGGCAUACCAUCAAAACAGGACGAAUUAUACACACUACUAUUGCUGCGACAGGUCCAGCCAUUUGCAUUAUCAUGGCGUCCUAUUCCGGAUGUGACAGAGUAGCAGCUAUGGUUUACUUCGUGCUGUCCAUGGCUCUUAUGGGCGGUUUCUACAGCGGUAUGAAGGUAAAUGCUCUGGAUUUAGCACCGAACUACGCCGGUUCUCUGACGUCUUUGGUCAAUACUACGUCUACUUUCGCUGGAAUUAUAACUCCGUAUCUCAUUGGAUUGUUGACCCCAGAUUCAACCCUCGUGCAAUGGAGAACAGCAUUCUGGGUUUGUUUCACUGUGCUGGUAGGAACCAAUGUCGUUUACUGCAUAUGGGCAGAUGGAGAGCAACAAUGGUGGGAUGACGUCAGGAAAUUUGGAUAUCCAGCGGAUUGGAAGCAUGGUUCCUUAUUACCAGAGGAUAAUAUCGAACAACCAGAGGCUGUUAAACUAUCGAGUAAGAAAAAUACUGAAGACGACUCUUAAUAGGACUUAGGAAAUGCAUUCAAAUGUUCGAUCUGUGUAGCGCUGUAUCAGAAAGGCAUUAUAAUUAUGGUUUAAAAUUUCGUAGCAAAUACUGCCAUAUGUAGUUGUAUUGCUAGCCUUAUUGGCAACAUGUCACUACUCAAGAAUGCUUAUUGGUAAUUGAAAGAAAAUUAAGUUGUUAUUUAAUGAUUACAUUGAUUACUUUAUAUUCGUAUUUUGGAGUAAAUGGUUUAUCAUAUCACUGAAUCUUGAUUUGCACCGUAUUUAUUUAUAGACCCUCAGGUACAUUAAGUGGAGUUCUUAUUUAGAGGUAUAUACGUUCAUAAUGAGAUUGUCAUAUUGUAUGAUGCUAUUUUGUUUUUGUGGUAGAAUGUGCUCGUAUUAUUUUUGGGAAGUUUGCUCUCGCACUUAAAUUUGGAAUUUGAAUAAUUUGUUGUGCCUAGUUAAUAUAAAAUAUUCUUCAGCAAUAGUUUUUUUUACGACUAUAUUAUAAAUAUUGUAUAAUGAAGUUCAUUCGUAUCAACAGAUGAAGGUGUUUUUCCUAUUGCUUUAAGAUCAAAACAUAUGUUGUCAUAAUCAAAAUAAAUUAUGAAUUAAAAUCCACCACAAAAUCAUAAAGUUGGAAUAUUGCCUUAUUAACCCAUAUAAAUUUUUAAUUUAGCUUACAAUGAUAAUUUUGAUGAUUAUAGAUAUUUUGUAUAAAUUUUAUUGUACCUGUUAAAUAUUUAUACCUUUAAAUCCAUAAGUUUUUUUAAUAUUAUGCAUAAAUAUCUCAAGUGCUAAGUCUACAUGCAAAUUGGGAAUUAGGGAUUAGCAGAUACUAAUCGGCUAACCGCUGAGCUCUCGACUAAACGACUGGGUUACUUGAUGAAGUUACACGUGUUUGGCCUUUACAUGAGGCAUCCUCAGGAGCUGUUGUUUCGUAGAACUCUGGAACGAGACACUAACAAAACUUAGCGGUAUAAAAACUUAAGAAAUUAUUUCAUAACAUUAAAAUAAUUGUAGAUUUCCACAAAAUAUCGACGGUUUGCUUUAGCCAUACAAUAAAAUUGUAAGAAAAGUUCUGAAAUAUUUGUCUUGUUUAUUCGCUUAUACUGAAUAGUAAUGAUAUGACACGAGCAUUUGUUGAUAAUGUUAAAUAUAGUCACAAUGAAUGGUAUGCUAAAAUAUUAAGUAGACAAUAUUUCAUAUUUUGAAUGAGAGCCCAUAAUUGCAAAAUUUAAUCGCAUCGCUUUAAUGAAACUCUAGCAGAGCGGACAUUGUAAGCUCCCACUAAUAAUUAUUAUGACAAAAUGAAAUUGCAAUAAGCUGAUAGAUAAAUUGAAAAUUUAAUGUAUAUUGAACAUAACAAUUUUAUAGAAUUAGACAAUUUUAAGCUUGUAAACUCUCAUAUUUAUCAUAGAUAUAUUGCGUAGCAUUAUUUAUGUAGCAUCAAUAUUAAGUUACUACUUAUAAUUAUCAGAUUCUAGUCAGGCUUAUAGGAAUAAGUCUGUUAUAUAGUUAGGUUUACUGUAUCCAGCCAUAAAGAAUAGUACAAAAACUUAUUGGUAUAACAGCAUGAGCCUAAUUAGAUAACUUUAUUAAUAACUCUUUAUUAAUAAACUUGUGGUUUUUAUUUGGUUCUUGCUAGUUUUCUUUACAUUGUAACAUCUUCUUUAUAUUGUAACAUCGGAUUAAACAUAUUUUAAAAUGUGAAUUGUACGUUAAUAUUUGUACUGUUACAAGUUUGGUUAUUUUUACAUAAUAUGUAAUACUCAAGAUAUUAAAGUGCUUAAAAUAUU